AUGCGUCUUUUGAGAGCCUGCACAAUUCAGUUGGAGGAAUUUCCUCCAGACAAAAUACCGCCAUACGCAAUUCUUUCACAUACGUGGGAGACUGAGGAGGUUCUAAUCGAUGAUCUCCGCCACAACACCGCCGAGCGAAAGGCGUCCUGGAAGAAGGUGAAAUCAGCCUGCGAAGCAAGUGUUAAUUAUGGCCUUGAGUAUGUCUGGAUCGACAGUUGCUGUAUUGACAAGAGUAGCAGCGCUGAGCUUUCGGAAACUAUAAACUCUAUGUACUCAUGGUAUCGGAAGGCAGAAAUAUGCUGGACAUUCCUGGCUGAUGUACCUACUGGUGUCGAUCCAAACAAGCCAGGCUCCGAAUUUGAGCGGACCAGAUGGCUUACCCGGGGAUUCACCCUCCAGGAGCUACUCGCUCCGCGUGAAGCUGUAUUGUUCUCACGGGAAUGGGUCGAAAUUGGAAAGAAGACUACGCUUUGCAGCACUCUCUCCCGCAUUACUCGCAUCGACGAGGAUAUCCUUAUGCACCGCAAACCAUUGGAGUAUGCCAGCAUAGCCAGGCGUAUGUCCUGGGCCGCCCAUCGCCAAACGACGCGCCCCGAGGACAUGGCAUACUGCCUAAUGGGCAUUUUCGAUGUCAACAUGCCCAUGCUCUAUGGCGAAGGCAAGACCAAAGCAUUUCUGCGUCUCCAGGAGGAGAUUAUGAAACAAUCUGACGAUCAGUCGAUCUUUGCGUGGGUGGACCCUGCCGCGUCGGACACUUCUCUUCACGGUUUAUUGGCUACUUCCCCGGCCAACUUCGCAAGCUGCUACGACAUCUUACCUUACCAAGACUGGGAGUCGCGUCAACCCUACUCCAUGACGAACUGCGGUCUCCAAAUUGGACUGCCCCUCACCCAGACCCAAGAAGGAAUUCCCGUCGCGGUGCUUGACUGCCCAAGCCCACCCCAUUUCAGAGGCUUUUUGGGCAUCUUUUUGAAACGACUUUCUCAGGUUGAUGAGCAGUAUGCGCGCAUCAAGCUCAGCAGUCUAGCCGAAGUGCAGGACCGCGGGCCCCCGCACACCAUCUACGUACGCCAGACAAGUGUCGUACCCGAAACAGAAGGCAUCUUUCCCCAUCAUGUCCUCCAGAUUCGACAGAUUCCAGAUUCCAGUACACCAUACCGAUUGGUAAAUAUUAUCGACAUGAACAUAGCCGAAAAGCAGACGCCGCAAGCCAUUCUGUCCACUCGCGACCCGGACACGGGACCCAUACAUCCUCGGUUCGCAAAGACGUUUACAAUCAGCAAGGCAGCUAAUACCCUCUGCGUAUGUGCCAUCUUCGACUGUUAUGACGAGACACGUCUGUUGGUUAUGCUGGGCUCAGACGCGCAAUUCGGCGUCGGCUUCAGUGUCAUCGAGAGAGAUCAGAGAGAUCAUGAACAUGACUUCGACAAAAUUCGCCAGGAAGAAUACAAGCCCAAGACACCGGGGACCUGGAUUGAGUUGAAGCAUCACAUGGUAUCUGUCAAGGCUGAGCCUCGGGUCGCCAAUUCUGUGAAAUAUUUUAUGGUCGAUAUUGAGGUCAAGGAGGUCGGCAGACCCAGCGAUCCGAUUCAGCUAAGGCAAAUGGAGUGGUUUCCUGUCGGUCGCAAUAACAGUUCAGGCUGGCGGCUGGAUGUUGUCAGUCUAAUCGCCAUCCUCGGGGAGUCAUUGAUGGCCCGCCAUAUACAACAACUGAGUGCCACAAUGUUGUGUCUGCUUCCUCGCAUACUUCCGGCCCCCCAAUCCUUCCUUAGAUCUGCUCGAGCACUAAGGCUCCCAAGUCCACCAGCUAUUGUUUGUGGGGUUUAUUCCGGUACACUCAUCCAUGAAUUAAACUAUUUUGCGGACAUCAUCCAUCCAAUUACAAGCAUCAAUAAGUAUGAAGUCAAGGUCUAUAAUAUCACUUGGGCAGACCAAAGGAAGACAUACAGUCCUAAGAAUGAGGCUCUGGUGCCUUCCUGCAGAACAUCACCCCUCAAUCUCCUGACGGUGGCCUCAUUCUUCCUCACUCUUGGGGCUUUCAUCUGGGCAAUUGUGAUUAAAGAUGGGGUAGCAGUUCUUGCUCUGAUAGCAAUGUGCUCUGCCUCUACUUUAAUUGGCAUUGCGUCUUACUGGAGACCACAACUAGCCGCUCGACCAACAGAUGCUUCAGUCCCAGAUGGAGACAUCGUGAUUCGCACACGUGAUGGUGCCUUUAUCAUCAUUCAAUGCACUGAAGAGGUUGCUCGAGAGCUCUACAUAGGCCCAGAAGAAUGCAACUAUUUGGUUAAUGAGGAAUGGUUCAAAGUGUUGGUCGGCGUUGGCACGCUGCUCAUCAUUCUGUCUGUGUUGCUUCUGGGGAACUGCGACUGGAUAAUGCAAGCCGUGAUCGCGGUUAUUUACAUUACAUUGAAUGCCCUCUACUGGGUGGCUUCCCUCUGCCCACAAAGCUGGCUUUGGGACCUGUCACGGUACAACUGCAUAGACGUGACACCAGAACACUUGAGAGAUGCACAUACAGUUUCAAGAGGCGGAGUCGGCCCCAGCUACACACGAAGUCUGUGGUAUGCCAUUCAAGCCACAGGACAAACUGAAUGGGUCACACUGAGCGGAGCUGCCCCGAGGACGAUAGCAUGGGAAACCUGGCUGAAGCUGGCGCAGGCCAACUGCGGCAACCAACAUUGGAAAGCGAUUGCGGAGAAGGAUCGGUUGAUGAGAGAGGCGCGCCUAAAAACAGGCCCUCGGCACUCUCAGCGGUUCUAUCAACAGAUGCAAAAGGCACCGGCCACAUUGCCCGUUCGCCGAGAGACUGCUUAA